UGGAUAGACAGACAGUCAAUUGGCUGCAGGGCUUCAACCCUCGCUCUCUCUUUUUUCUCUCUCUCUCUCGCUCUACCUUCUCGUGCAGGAAUAUAAAGCUCUCACCAGAUCUAUUUGGCUGCUGUUGAAGGAAACGGUGGAACUUCUCUGUGUUUUUGAGUGGUUCUGAGCACCUACCUGUGUCAAAAUGAGUGACACUCUGCUGGAUGAUGGGUCCUUCAUGUUCACUUCUGAGUCCGUCGGAGAGGGACAUCCAGACAAGAUCUGUGACCAGAUCAGUGAUGCUGUCCUGGAUGCUCACCUGAAACAGGACCCAGAUGCCAAGGUUGCCUGUGAGACGGUGUGUAAGACUGGCAUGGUGCUGCUGUGUGGAGAGAUCACAUCCCGGGCCAACGUAGACUACCAGAAGGUUGUCAGAGACGCUAUCAAACACAUCGGCUACGACAACUCAGACAAAGGUUUUGACUAUAAAACGUGCAAUGUGUUGGUGGCUCUGGAGCAGCAGAGUCCAGACAUCGCUCAGGGUGUCCACAUCGACAGGAAAGAGGAGGAUAUGGGAGCUGGAGACCAGGGUCUGAUGUUUGGCUACGCUACAGAUGAGACAGAGGAGUGCAUGCCUCUCACCAUCGUCCUGGCUCACAAACUCAAUUCCAAGAUGGCCGAACUCAGACGCAACGGAACCAUCCCCUGGCUCCGCCCCGACUCAAAAACACAGGUGACAGUACACUAUCAGCAGGAGAACGGGGCAGUGAUCCCUAUGAGGGUCCACACCGUGGUCAUCUCUGUUCAACACGAUGACUUCAUCGGCCUGGAGGAACAGAAGACGGUGCUCAAGGAGAAGGUGAUCAAGGCAGUAGUUCCAGCUAAGUACCUGGAUGAUAAGACCAUCUACCAUCUGCAGCCCAGUGGACGCUUCGUCAUCGGAGGACCCCAGGGUGAUGCUGGAGUGACGGGUAGGAAGAUCAUCGUUGAUACGUACGGAGGCUGGGGGGCCCACGGUGGUGGAGCUUUCUCUGGUAAAGACUUCUCCAAGGUGGACCGCUCGGCUGCCUAUGCUGCCCGCUGGGUGGCCAAGUCCCUGGUCAUGGCCAAACUGUGCAGGAGGGUGCUGGUUCAGGUAUCCUACGCCAUCGGAGUGGCCCACCCUCUGUCCAUCUCCGUGUUCACCUACGGCUCGUCACAGAAGUCUGAGAGAGAGCUGCUGCAUAUCGUCAACAAGAACUUUGACCUACGACCUGGUGUCAUCGUCAGGGAACUGAACCUGAAGAGGCCAAUCUACCAGAACACAGCGUGCUACGGCCACUUUGGCCGGAGUGAGUUCACCUGGGAAGUCCCUAAGGAGCUCACCUACUAAACAUCCUCUGCUGGUGGUCAAAUAUAUAAUGAGCUGAUCUGGAGAUAGAAAACAGGCCCCCUCUACAGGCUCAAACCACAAAUGGUUCUGCUUUUUCAUUGGCUAGUGUUGAGGUUAAAGGGAUACUUCGGGAUUUUGGCAACGAGGCCCUUUAUCUACUUCCGCAGAGUCAGAUGAACUUGAUAAU